AUGGAGCUGGAGAACAUAGUCGCCAACACCGUACUCCUCAAGGCUCGCGAAGGUGGUGGUGGAAACCGAAAAGGCAAGAGUAAGAAAUGGCGCCAGAUGCUUCAGUUCCCCCACAUCAGCCUCUGUGAGGAUCUUCGACAAACCCUCGAGCGGGACUACUACAGCCUGUGUGAGAAGCAGCCCAUUGGGCACAUGCUCUUUCGGCAGUUCUGCGAGACACGGCCUGAGCUGUCACGUUGUGUCAAGUUCCUGGAUGCUGUGGCAGGGUACGAAGUGGCUCCAGAUGAGAAGCGGAAGGAAUGUGGGCAGCACCUGAUUGAAAAAUACUUGAAGCCAAAUAGUGAGGACCAUGUGCCUGAAGUCCCCUCACAGCUGGUGGAUGCCUGUUGUGAGAGACUGGAGCAGGAACCUUCCAAGGAGCUCUUCAAGGAAUCCACUAAGCUUAUCCAUGACUACCUGAGUGUGGCUCCCUUUGCUGACUACCUCGACAGUUUGUACUUCAACCGCUUCCUGCAGUGGAAAUGGCUGGAACGGCAGCCAGUGACCAAAAACACUUUCCGCCAGUAUCGUGUGCUCGGCAAGGGCGGUUUUGGGGAGGUUUGUGCUUGCCAAGUGCGUGCCACAGGGAAGAUGUAUGCCUGCAAGAAGCUGGAGAAGAAAAGGGUCAAAAAGCGAAAGGGAGAGGCCAUGGCCCUGAAUGAGAAACAGAUCCUGGAAAAAGUGAACAGUAGGUUUGUAGUGAGCUUAGCCUAUGCAUAUGAAACUAAAGAUGCUCUCUGCCUAGUGCUGACCCUCAUGAAUGGAGGGGACCUCAAGUUCCAUAUCUACCACAUGGGAGAGGCUGGCUUUGAGGAGCCCCGGGCAGCAUUCUAUGCUGCUGAGAUCUGCUGUGGCCUCGAGGACUUGCACCAGGAGAGGAUAGUGUACAGGGACCUGAAGCCAGAGAACAUAUUGCUAGAUGACCAUGGUCACAUCCGUAUCUCAGACUUGGGGCUAGCUGUGCAUGUGCCAGAGGGCCAAACAAUCAAGGGCCGGGUGGGGACAGUUGGCUACAUGGCUCCAGAGGUGGUAAAGAAUGAGCAUUACACCUUCAGCCCAGACUGGUGGGCUCUGGGCUGCCUGGUGUAUGAGAUGAUCGAGGGGCAGUCGCCCUUCCAGCAGCGCAAGAAGAAGAUCAAGCGGGAGGAGGUGGAGCGGUUGGUGAAGGAAGUGCAGGAGGAGUACUCAGAGAAGUUCUCGCCCUGUGCCCGCUCCCUCUGCACCAUGCUUCUGUGCAAAGACCCUCUGGAGCGCCUGGGGUGCCGAGGAGCUGGGGCCAAGGAAGUGAAGGAACACCCUCUCUUCAAGCACCUCAAUUUCAGAAGGCUGGAGGCAGGCAUGCUGGACCCCCCGUUCAAGCCGGAUCCCCAGGCCAUCUACUGCAAGGAUGUUCUGGACAUUGAGCAGUUCUCCACAGUGAAAGGGGUGGAGCUGGAGCCCACAGACAACGACUUCUACCAGAAGUUUGCUACAGGAAGUGUGUCCAUUCCUUGGCAGAAUGAGAUGAUUGAGACGGAGUGUUUUAAGGAGCUGAAUGUCUUUAGCACAGAUGGCACAGUGCCCCCAGACUUAGACUGGAAAGGGCAACCUUCUCCACAGCCCAAAAAAGGGUUACUCCAACGCUUAUUCAGCAGACAGGACUGUUGUGGAAACUGCAGCGACAGCGAGGAAGAGCCCACCCGGCUGUAGAGCA